AUCAAUCUAAUCCAGAAGCUGGUCCUCAUAUUGAUCCAAUGAAGAAAAAUAUUUUUUUAGCUUUUCCACAAACAUAAGAAAAGUAUGUUGACAUAAGAAGGAAGAGGUGGUGGAUGUGUCACUUUCCACAAACAUUGUUGACAUCUGUAAACCACAUAGUUUGAGAAUUAUGACCAUUUCCAUUCAGCCACCAUUCCAUUAAUGUAAUCAUCAUGACAUUCACAAGCCGGCUUUUAGAAUAAUCACUUAUUUUCAAAAGUCAAAUUAGUUCAGUUAUAUACUCACUAACAUUUUGUUUUCACAUUUAUAGUUCACUUUUUCACACCUUUGUUUGUCUUAUUCUUAAAAGGUUUGUUAUGUUUUUUGUUGUUGUCAUAAAUUGACUUAGAAGAUGAUUAUGAUUAUGUAUUGCAGAUUAUAGAUUAUAGAUUAUCAGUGAUAUAAGAAUAGAAAAACAAUUAUGAGGUGUAGUAGCUGUUUUGGAACAUUGUUUAUAAAGAAGGAGAAACAACCUUCUAAUUAUAUUUCUAGUGAAAUUGAAGGGUAUUCUUUGGAUAAUCUUAAGCAUUUUUCUGAUAAAGAAUUGAGAUUGGCAACUGAUAAUUACCAUUUAAGCAAUAAGAUUGGAAGAGGAGGUUUUGGAACUGUUUACAAGGGAACAUUAAAAAAUGGAAGAAAGAUAGCAGUGAAGCCUCUUUCUGUUGGAUCAAAGCAGGGAGUUAAAGAAUUUUUGACCGAAAUUACAACCUUAUCGAAUGUUAAACAUUCAAACCUUGUGGAAUUGGUUGGAUUCUGCAUUCAAGGACCGAAUCGUACCGUAGUUUACGAGUAUGUCGAAAAUGGCAACCUUCAUACCGCAUUACUCAGCAAGAAGAGUUCAAGCAUCAAACUAGAGUGGAGAAAAAGAUCUGCGAUUUGCGUCGGUACGGCGAAAGGUCUUGCAUAUCUUCAUGAAGAACUUGCACAACAUAUUGUACAUAGAGACAUCAAAGCUAGUAAUGUACUACUUGACAAAGAUUUCAAUCCCAAAAUUGGCGAUUUCGGUAUGGCCAAGUUAUUUCCAGAUGAUAUCACUCAUAUCAGCACGAGAAUCGCCGGAACAACUGGUUACUUAGCACCAGAAUAUGCAUUAGGUGGACAGUUAACCAAGAAGGCUGAUGUAUACAGCUUUGGUGUUCUUAUACUUGAAAUAAUUAGUGGCAAAAGCAGCUCAAAAACAAAUUGGGAUGGAUCACAUAAAUUCCUCUUAGAAUGGGCAUGGCAACUACAUGAAGAUGAGAAAUGGUUGGAUCUAGUAGACCAAGACAUGGAAGAAUAUCCUGAGAAAGAGGUAAUCAAGUACAUCAAGGUGGCACUUUUCUGCACACAAGCAGCAGCAAAAAGAAGGCCAUUGAUGUCACAGGUUGUUGAUAUGCUCUCUAAGGAAAUUCAGCUCAAUGAGAAGCAACUAACAUCACCAGGAUUUUUCAAUUAUGAUGUUGGAGAAUCCUCUCAAAAGAAAUCAAACCCUGAAUCUUUAGUUUAUCACACUAGUUCUACUCAAGAUAGUAUUACUCAGGUCACUCUUAGGUGAUGAUGAAUGAUUAUAUAGUUUUGUGUGAAUUGCAUAGUUGCAAAAUGAGAAGGAAAGAAUUUUUUUUUUCUAUAGAAAUUUAUAGAUUAGAUUAAGAUUUUGGAUUUUAGUCUUUUAAACUAGAUGAUGCAAAGAGAUUUUUGUUGUAUAUUGCUUGAGAAGUUCACUCAACUUUCAAAUUUGUCAAGGUUUAACAUGAUUUCAAGAUACUAACUUUCUUAGCAAGUUUCAUAUGUUAUUUAUUACUUUUAUGAUUGAUAGAAAGGAUUAAAGAAUGUAAAAAAUAUCACUUGCUUCAGCAAUCCUCAAACUGGGCGCGUAGAAAAUCGCUUAUCUCUUGGAAUUUUCAAAAGUACUCUUGCACGAUCAUUAACGUAGAUGAAAGUUGUAAUGGCACUCCAAUUCGUAUUGGUUUGGAUUCAUAACAAAUUCUUCGGAUAUCUUUCAAGUAGAGCUUUGGGCCAUCUAUCAAGGCCUUAAUUUAGCGAAGGAUAUGUGCAUUAUCGAAUCAACUUGCUACUCUGACUCUUCCCUCGAUAUUAGCCUAUUUGUAAACCUCUUGAAUAA